AUGAAUAUUGAUCAUGGAAAUGAUAACAGUUUUACCGUUUUACUGAUCUUUGAUUUAAUAAUUAAAGACGCAACUCAAUAUAUUUACAACAGGAUUUGGGGUCCUAUAUUUCCUAAUGGAGAAGAAUUGCUAAAAGAAAUCUUAACAAGGAUUAAAUCACACCAAUUUCACGCAAUUUGCCUUACAAAAGGUAACUUAGGCAGGCCUCGCCUCGACGAUGACAAAUAUCUGGUUCUGAAAUGACAAUCGACAAUCG